GACUACCCGUGAUAGUUGGUUUUUUGCUCUGAAAAUGGAGAUGGCAUACAGAUCUGAUUCUGAUGAGGUGAAGAUUGAAGAGGAGCCUAUAAUUUCCCAUGUAGAACAGAAGGAAGAAGAAGAAAAAGAGCAGAAUAACAUUGACGACUCCAAGUCAAUUUCCCAGACUUUAUCUGAACCCCGAUCUGAAACAAUGCCGAAAUCUGCUUCAAACACUGCACCUCUUUCUGCUGCGGCUCAGCUUACCAUCUUUUAUGGUGGGUGUGUUAAGAUCUUUGAUGGAAUUCCUGAAGAAAAGGUCAGUGAAAUUAUAAGCAUUGCUGCUGCUGCCGCCGCUACCAUUAAGUCCAGUAACAUGAAUAGUAUCGAGACUGACAACGCCUCUAGUUCACCAGUUCCUCCGAGGUCUCCUGCAAUUCAAAAUGCGGCUGCAAUGGGUUCUCUUUUUGCCCAGCUUUGCCCUGCUCAGAAGAGUUCCCUUAACAAACUACAAGCUGAAUUUCCAAUUGCAAGAAGACACUCCCUUCAGCGGUUCCUGGAGAAGCGCCGGGACAGGCUGGUAAGCAAGAACCCAUAUCCUUCUUCACCAAUGAUGAAAGUAGAAAAUGACACAGUUGUCUGACCUCGUCCUUGAGUGAUUUCAUCACUUCCGACAAGGAUUUUAUGGUUGAAGGAGGAAUAUUAACCUACUGCCUUUUACCUCUCAAUGAAUUAUGUAUUUUUAUAAUGACUAUUAUAUUGUGAAAUCUUCACUUGUUUAUGGAGAAGUCUAGUGACUCUAGUCUUUGUAAAAAAAAAAACUUAUGUCUGACUAUACUCAUAAGUGAACUGUCAGUAGUGAUGAUGUAUUUUGCUUUGUAUCUUACAAGGACCUAUACUCAAAACGGUCUCUUAUCGUUGUAUCUUUAUGGUCCUUGAGAAUUGGUUCAUAUAUUAUAGUAGCUCCUUGAAUCAUCUGAACAA